AUGAGUACACAAGUCACAGAACCUUAUUUACCAUCGAUAACCUCUCUUUCUAGUGAAAAUCAAUUAUUGAAUGUUAGAUAUAUUGUCGAACCAGAUUUUGAUUUUAUUAAUAGCCUACUAAAUGAUUUAUCAAUAGUUCCACCUUUAAUACAGCAGAAAAGAUUAGAUACACUAUAUUCUUUAAUGAAUAUUAACGACAUGUUAAGGGAAGAGAUUAGUCAUGAUUACUUAAGGACAGUUCGUUACCUAUAUUCUCAUAUAUCUUUAAAUGAGACUUUGAUAAAAAAUGAUUUAAUCACAAAUAUAAAAUUUUUUAAACUCAUAAAUUUGUGUGUUAAUAAAUGCCCUUAUCUACUGUAUCCGCAUUUGAUACAAUUUAAAGAAUAUUUAUUUUAUUUAAUUGAUAGUUUCAAACUAUUUAUGAAUGAAAACGAUAUUUCAAUAAACAGUAAUGAUAGAAUGUCAUGUAAUAUUAUUAUAUGUGAUUUGUUAUUUACUUUUCUUCUUCACAUUAGCAAUACUGAUUGGAAAUUUGAUUGUACUUUUAAUACAUAUCUAGAAGAUUUAAUAUUUCAAAUAAUUAAUAAAUAUAUCCAUGGUAUGAAUUUCAAAUAUUCCUUAAAAGUCAGGCUUUCCAAAAAUGAGUCUUAUAACUCAUACAAUUCAUUAUUAAUUUCCUCUAAAGAUAACGAAACUAUUAAUUAUCAAAUUUCACAACAACAAUCAGAAAAUACUUCAUAUUCUGUUGCCUAUGAUUGUUUAUCUAAUAAAGGACUCCUUUUAUCUAACUUAAUCCCUAAUCCAGUUAAAAUAUCUAGCGUUAUUGAAUGUACUAUCCUGUCAAGAUGUUUAGUACUGUACACAGAAAUUAAUUCAUCUAUUUCAAUAAUCAAUAGUAGUAGUAAUAAUAAUAACAUAGAUAUCAACAGCAAAAUAAUUAAUCCUUCAACUUUACAACUUUGGCAAAAUCCGCAUGUCAUGCUGUUUGUUUCAAGUUUAUUAAAAUAUCCUAACAUCGAAUUAAAAUUAUCUGCUUUGAAAUUCCUGCUUUUCCCAUUUCUACAUGUUAAACAUAGUAGUUUAAAUAAAAACAAUACAAAUAAUCUAAGAAAUAUUACAAAAUAUUUGCCCUAUUUAUUUCAAUCUUUAGACUAUGGAUAUAUACCAUUUUGGUUUGAUCCUUUCGACUAUAUCAUAGAUUUAAUAGUUUUAUUCAAUGAAAAGAACCCAACAAAUAAUCCAAUCUUAGUGUAUAUUGAUGAAUCAAAUUUAUACAAGACAUUCCUUGAUGUAUUUACCAGUUGUAUAGAAUUAUCAUCGAAAAAUCAAUAUAUUUUAGAGACAUUAAUUAAAAUGGUACACAUUUGGGCAUCACUCUCUUCAUUUGAAGAACGGACGAGAUGUGCUGUGGUUAAUAUUCCAAAUAUAUUAACGAGGUUAAAGGGUGAUGUUGAAUCACAUAUAAAUCUAUUAAAUGAAUUUAUUGAAUAUUAUCAAUCUGUCAACAAAAAUAAAUUACAUACCAAAAGAAAAUUUCCACCUCUACACGAUAGUAAACUAGUCCUAGCUUGGUUACAUUUAUUAAAAUCAUUUUCUCGUAGUAUUACUAUACUAAGGACUAAAUUACAAAAAGUUUACCUUACCGAAACACUAGCCAAAAUGCUAAAUGUUUUAUAUAGAUUAACACAUAUGACAUAUGAUGUUGGCAACAGUUUUUUGAAGAUUGAGUUGGAGAUAAUGGAAUUAACCUUGGGUAAUAUUUGCAAUUUUAUAGUGGAGUUCUCUAGUUUGCAAGUUUCUGUUUUACAGACUGACAUAAUAGGAACUAUUAAAGAAAUUUUAACUGAUAGUUUAUUUAAUCCUAACUCAGAGACAAAUUUUAAUAAAGAAAGGGCAGAUGCUUUCAAAGAUUUAAAGUUACAAGAUAUUAAGGCUUAUUCAUUAUGGGUAUUACGGCAUUUAAUGUAUAAUUGUCCAAAUUCGGAGAAGAUGAAAUUACUUCAGAGGAUCCCACUGGAUAUUAUCUUAGAUUUUAUUAAUGAUCCAAAUUGGUCUGUUCAAGAACAAUGCUGUCAACUGCUAAGAAAUUUGACUUGUAAUUCAAGAAGAGUUGUCAAUGUAUUACUUGAGAAAUUUAAAUAUGUGGAAUUUAAAAUUGAUUCAAAAACUGGAUUAAACAAGAAAGUCGGUUCUACUUAUUUAUUUGAGUAUUUAGCAAGAAAGAUGCGACUGUUAGACAUGAGGGACAAAUGUCAAAGAAAAACAUUGGAAGCAAUUCUCUACAUUAUUAAUAAUAUUGCAGCAGUUAAUGAAGAUAAAAAAAGAUUGGUAGUGGAACAGAAUGAUAUAUUAGAGAUUUUGAAGGCCAUUUUAUCUGAAUCAUCGCAAAACUCAUUAAAAUACGGUAAUGAUAGUGACUUAAAAUUGGCUAGUCUUUGGGUUCUAAAUAAUCUAUUGUGGAAUUCGUCUCUUUCAACAUAUACACAAUAUGUGUUAGAAGGUUACACUGCUACAGCAGAAAAUAAUAUUAACAAGAGUACUUCUUCUGUGAAUGCGAAUAAUAAUACUAGUAGUAUAAAUGAUACUCAAGACAGUAGUAGCAGUAGUAGAAGUAGUAGAAGUAGCAAUGAGGUGAAUACUUAUGGUAGCAAUAAUGAGUCAAAACCGUAUAAUCUUUUAACAGGAGAAGAUAGACAUACUAUCGCUGGAGAAGAAGAAGAAGAAACGGAGAAUGAUGAUAACGAUAAAGCAAGUGACGAAUUUAUUCAUCCAUUUAGGAGUGCAACCGAUGACAUUAAUACAAAAUCUGUACAUGCAGGUGAUUAUACAGUUGAAAGAUGUAAAAAGUUAGAAGCUAUUGGUUUGUAUGCCCUUAUUAAACAAAACAUAUUUGAUGAUUCUUUAGAUGUCAGAGAAAAAGCAAGAACACUAUUGUAUCAUAUGGACUUAUUGCUUAAAAAGGUAUGA